AUGAAGAGUUCCAUUGCUAUCGCAUCUCUGGCCGUUGGUGCCAAUGCUCUCGUUACCCGUGGUAGCGACUGCUGCUUCCACAUCACCACUUCUGGUGGUGCCUCGGGUGAGCUUGGCCAGCUCGGUGAUGGUCAGGUCCGAGUGAACGACCAUACCCUCUCACCCUCCAAGUUCUGCCUGUCCAACGGCGUCAUUACCGACAGUGAGGGCCGUCCCUGUGUGGUGACUGGUAAGCAAGCAUCCUUCCAUAUCCUGAAUGAUGGAUUUGAAGAACCUCUCGUCGCUAAUCUAGAUACUCUUCCUUCUACAGGCGAGACCACCCAGUUCCAGUGUGACGCUGGGAGCACUGGCACAUCUGGCUUCUCUGUCAGCUCCUCAGGCAAGCUCGAGUUCAACGGAAACGCCGACUUUGUUGCCUGUGCCACCGGCCUCAACGGCGGUAGCAACAUCUACACCACCGAGAGUGACAAAGUCACCCAGUGCGUUGAUGUCCAGCUCAUGGCCGACUCGACCUGUGCCGCCCCCGCUCCUUCCUCGGUUGCCCCCGUGGCCUCUCCUUCAUCCACCCCCUGCAGCCCAUGGUCCACUUGGCAGUCAUCCUCCAUGACUACGAGCUCCAGCAUGCCAUGGGGUUCUUCGCCCGUCGGCUCCUCGUCCGCAUCCACCUGGACCAGUGUCGUAGCUCCCAUGCCCAGCGGCAGCACUUCCAUGCCCGUCUGGAGCUCUGCCUCCACUGCUGCCUCAUCCAGCGUUGCUUCCAUGAGCUCUUCUGCCUCGGCUGCCAUGAGCUCCGGUGCCAGCGCCACCGUCUCCACCUCGGCUUCUACUACUUCCGGUGUGGCUGCUGUGACCUCUGCACCUCCUAGCUCUGCCGCUCGUCCUACCAUCGGUUACGUUGGCACCGUGAUGGCUGCGCUCUCCAUGGCCAUUCUCUACCUCGCCUAG